AUGAAGAACAAGAGACAGGAUGUGGAAUCUGACGUCCAACAGAGAGACCUAGAAGAGCCCACGUCCCCUACAGCCAGGGAUUUGUGGAAUGUUGGAUUAAAGAUCACAAAAGAGCGAACUCCUGCUAGCGAGGAAGAGCAGGCAGAGUGGGACGCUACCCGUGAAGACUCGGAUAACGGUGACUACGACUACGAGCUGUCUCUGGAAAUGAAGAGGCAGAAGAUUCAGCGCGAGCUAAUGAAGCUGGAGCAAGAGAACAUGGAAAAAAGGGAGGAGAUUGUUAUUAAGAAAGAGGAGCCGGCCAGCAAGAACAGGACCAGCAGCCUGACAAAGAUCUCUCCCGAGCCUGCCAGUUCUAAAGGAUCCCCUUCAUCUCGGAAGUCCAGCGGAUCACCCAAGAACAAAACCGGGAUCAAAUCUGCGGGAUCGGGCAAGAAGGAGAAGAAGGCGUCCGUCAUCUCCUCUCCAGCGUCGGAUCAGGCCAGGCCCUCCAAGACGACUCACAGCAAGAAGAAAGGCCCCCGUACCCCCAGCCCCCCUCCGCCCGUCCCGGCGGACAACCCUGUGGUGGGCAAGAAGCACAAGGGCAAGCACAAGAACAAGGAGAAGCUGGAGGAGAAGCCCAAGGAGGGCAAGGAGCGGGGGAGGGACACGGAGAAACACAAGGAGAAGAAGGAGAAGCGCAGGGACCGCUCGGAGAGCUCCCAUAAGCAGAAGAGGUCUGUGACCCCCGAGGAGCGUUCUGGCAGUGCCUCCUCCCCUUCCAGGGAGGUGUCACCCUCCCCAAGACUGGCACCCCCGAAACCCUCUGCCAUCACCUCUCCACCCCCUAGGUCCCCGACGCCCCCCCGGCACCACCGCACCCCCACGCCCCCCCGGCACCACUCCCCCUCGUCCCGCUCGGGGUCGUCCACCCUGCGGCACUCCGCGUCCCCCCGGCGCCGACGCUCCGCCUCCCCAGCGUACUUGCGUGACCCCGCCUCCUCGCCCGCGCAGAGGCGCUCGCGGUCCCCCGUGGCGACGGCCCUCGCCGCCUCCCCGCCGCCCAACCGUAGGCCCAGCCCCUCCCGCCACCACUCCCAGGGCCGGGAGAGGGGCGGGGCCGAGAGGGAGAGGACCCCGCCCCUGCAGGAGCGGCGGCUGGAGCGCAGAGACGAGAGCCGCGGGAAGCGGGAGAAGGACUCCCGGGAGGACCGGGAGUUCGAGGGCGAGCAGAGCGCGUCGCGGCAGUCCCGCGACGACGGGGGGAGCAGGGAGGGGCGCGAGCGGAGGGAGGCGCGGGACCGGCGGGAUGGCCGGGACUCGCGGGAGCGCCGCGUGGAGCCGCGCUCCGGACGCGACUCGCUGGAGUACCGAGACCGCGACCGCGACAGGGAGCGGGACCGCGACCGCGACCGGGCCGACGCCCACAGGAAGGAGGAGACGACGGCCCCGGAGGAGCGCAGCUACGGGAGAGGCCACGCCCGCGAGGAGGCCGCCCGCCCAGAAGGGAGGACCGAGGUGCGGGCGGAACCCAGGGCCGAGUCCAGGGUGGAGCCGCGCCCUGAGAGACCUGGCAGGGGGCGGGACCGCGGCACAGAGGCAGGCGAAAAGGGCGGGCGUGCCUCCAGAGGCUCCCAGUUCGACAGCGGCAGCGGCAGCAGCAGCGGAAACCUGCACGAGAACUGGGAGUCCCGCGGGAACUUCGCGGACAGGAGCGCGGAGAGAGGGGCCGACCGCGACCGCUACGACGGAGACCGGCGCGGCGAGCAGGCCCGAGACUCCUCCUACGACCGGAGAGGGGGGCACGCGGAGCGCGACCGCAGGGAGAACCGGGAGAGAGAAACGAGAGCGUCAUCUCCCGCCAGACACCAGGGCCGCGGCGAGGAUUCUGAGCGGGACCGCGAGGACCGGAGGGAGGACAGGAGAGAAGACCGCCCCCGCGAUAGAGACAGGGAGAGGGAAAGGGAGAGAGAGAGAGAGAGGGAGAGGGAGAGAGAGAAGGACAAGGAGCGGGAGAGGGAGAAAGAGCGGGAGACUGAGCGAGAACGCGUCCGAGAGAGGGACAGGGAGAGGGAGCGCGAGAGAGACCGCGAGAGGGAGAGAGAGAGGGAAAGGGAGGAGAGGGAGAGGGAGAGAGAGCGGGAGGAGAGAGAGAGGGAGCGCGAGGAAAGGGAGAGAGAGAGGGAGCGGGAGAGGAAGGAGAGGGAACGAGAGAGGGAGCAGAGAGAGCGGGAGAGGCAGAGGGAAUGGGAGGAGCGAGAGAAAGGGAGGGAGGAGAGGAGGGAGCGGAGAGAGGAGCCGAGAGAGGAGCGGUCUUCGCUCAGAGAGUCCCACGAGGACCGGAAGACCAGCCGUAAGCGGCACCGUGUGGAGAGCCCCCCCAGCCCACGCCCGUCCCCCAAAAGAGCUCGAGAGGCCAGCCCCCCCGACAGCGAUGGCUACAACAGCAGCGAGGAGAAGAGAGGAGAGAAACACCGGCUCCUGAGUCAGGUGGUGCGCCCCCAGGAGCCCCUGCGCUCCCCGCCCGCCGCCCCCGGGGAGGAGAAGUCCAGCCGCUGGAAGGAGGAGGAGCGGCGGCCGGAGAAGAAGGAGGCGAGCAGGAGCCGGCACGAGGAGGCGGAGCCGCGUAGCGAGCGCGGCGCGGGCAGGGCGCCCGAGCGGCGCAGCGGGGAGCACGUCUCCGACGGCCCGGCCGCCGCCGCGCCCGCCGAGGCCCGGCGGGGCAAAGACCGGCAGGACUCCACCCCUCCGGCCCCGCCCGCCCCGCCCCCCGCGCAGGAGGACAAGGGAGCCCCGCCCCCGGCCGCCCACGAGGAGGGCAAGAAGAACAAGAAGUCCCAGAAGAAGGGGCUGAAGAAGAACCGCAGGGAGGAGGACGGGGCGGGGGCGCCCGAGAGGACCACCAACCCCGAGCCGCCCGCCCCCGCCGUCCUGCAGGCCCCGCCCCCCCUGCUGUCGCCCCGCAAGGCCACCAAGAAGAAGGCCCUGGAGAAGAAGCGCAAGCGCUCCCGGGGCGGGGACUCGGACGCCUCCGAGGACGAGCCGCACCACCAGCAGCCCAGCAAGCGCAAGCGCGGCCCCCGGACCCCGCCCUCGCUGCUGCCGCUCCCCCCCAGGGAGCAGUCCCCCCCCCAGAAACCCGGCGCCGCCGUGGAGCCGGCCCAGCCGCCGCCGCAGCCUGCCAAAGCGGACGCCGCCUUCAGCGACUGGUCGGACGAGGAGGUGCCCGCGGCCCCCGUGGAGAAGCCGCGGCCGGAGCCGCUCCGCAGGGGGCCCAAGGCGGGGGCCAAGGAGCCGGCCAUCGCCCCGCUGCUGCCGCAGGAGCCCCCGCCGCUCCCGCUGCAGCCCCUGCUCCCGCAGCACCUCCUGCGCAAGCCGCCCGCCGAGCAGAAGCGCAGCAGCAGCCUGGGGAGCAACCAGAGCCGCGCCUCCUCCCGCCGCCUCCGCUCGCCCUCCAGCGAGUCCGCGCACCGCGUCGCCCCCGACGACCAGCCCGGCGCCCGCCCCCGCAGGGGCCGCCUGCAGACCGCCGCCUCCCGCGACCGGGAGAGGGAGAGAGAGAGGGAGCGGGAGAGGGACCGGGACCGAGAGCGGGAGAGAGAGAGGGAGAGGGAGAGAGAGAGGGAGCGCGACAGGGAGAGGGAGAGGGCCGCUGCUGUGGAGCCCACGGAGAGGAGGUCCCGCAUCGACCAGCUGAAGAGGGGAGAGCCCAGCCGCAGCACCUCCUCCGACCGGCAGGACUCGCGCAGCCACAGCUCCCGCCGGAGCUCGCCGGAGUCGGAGCGGCAGGCCCGCUCCCGGGCGGGGUCCUACGACAGCCGCGAGCGCGACAAGGAGCGCGAGCGCGAGCGCAAGGACCUGCGGCCGCAGCCGCGCGACUGGGAGCGCCCGGAGCCCGAGGCGCGGGACUGGGCCGGGCGGGGCCGGGAGCCCCUCCCCCUGCUGCUCCGCGGCCGCGAGGCCCUGAGGGAGCGCGAGCUCCGCGAGCUCCGCAAGAGGGAGGCGGAGCUGGAGCGGGACAACCGCCACCUGUCGGAGAGCCUGCUGCUGCACGAGCGCGAGCGGCUGCUGCCGCUGGACCUGCCGCCGCACGCCGAGCUCAAGCCCCGCCCCGACCCCAAGGCCGAGCGCGCCGAGCCCGAGCCGCUCAUGGCGCCCCGCGAGCCCGCCCCCGCCGAGACGGACAGGCCCGCCGACGGCCUGCACGCCCUGGAGGAGCCGCGCGAGGCCGAGCGGCCGGACAGCGUGGACGAAGAGGAUGAUGGGAAGGUGGAGGACGCACAGUCGGCGGUGUCGGGAGGCGAGGAGUACGAGCCAAUCAGUGACGACGAGCUGGAUGAGAUCCUGGCUGACAGCGCGCAGAAGAAGGAGGACCAGCAGGAAGAGGAGAAGAUCCCAGGGCCCCUGGACGUGAUCGAUGUGGACUGGUCCAGCCUGAUGCCCAAGCAGAAGGCCGAGCCGCGGGAGGAGGGGGCGGCGCUGCUCCGGUUCACCCCGGGCGCCGUCCUCCUCAGGACGGGCGUGUCCCGCCGGCUGGCCGGGCCCCAGCUCCUCGCCCGGGUGAAGGAAGCGUGCCAGGGGGAGCUGCAGGAUCCCAAAGAUUUAGAGCAGCUGUUUGAGCACGACCUGGGUGCCUUGAACAUGGCCGCCCUGAAGAGGCGGGAGGAGAGGGCGGGGCUGCUGCGGAACCUGGGGCCCUGCUGCAAGGCCCUGUGUGCCCGCAGGGACCUGGCCAUCCGCCGCCAGCUGCUCAAGAACGACAAGGGGAGCACCAAGCACAUGUACGCGGGUGCGCCGCUGGUGGACGCCGAGCUGCUGCAGCUGAGCGUGCGCCUCUUUAAGAAGAAGAUGAGCCCGUGCCAGCCUCAGGGCCAGGACAAGGCCGAGCCGGGCGUGGCGCUGCCCGAGCCCGUCGCGCAGCCCGAAGUGUGUGUGCCCUGAGAGCGCUUUAAAAGAACGGGCCACAGAUCCAGGAUCAGCUCACCCCGUCCCCGUUACUAACCCCAAUCAUUUCCUUCAAAACCUGAGACUGACGCAGGGUCAUUGUUUUGGGGGAGUGUAAUCUGUACAAAGCAUGACAUAUGCCAUAGAGACUGCCGGAUGUGCUAGCCUAUGGAGGAAAUGAGGUCCUGUCAAUUGAACUUGCUGAGAAAUGUUGACACAAAGCAGUGAGAUGCUGUAUACACGACUCUUUUGUUUUGUAUUAGAACAGCAUGGUUUUUUUUUUUUAACUUGUCUUUUUAACAAUGUGCUGUACUGAAAUUCAAUUUUUUGUGCAUCAGUUAGUAAAAAUAAGCCUUACAAUUG